CUUUGCGUACAUUGUGCCUUCUAAUUGCAGGGCAACCAGCUGAAGUUCUCUCUGCUGACACCUCUGUCAGUGGGCAUCCUGGAGUUACUAAUGUACCUCAGCAUCCUGCACAUGUGAUCUAAAUAGAAUGAGCUUAUAAGCCAUGGGAAGACUAUCAUGCAAUCAUGAUAUUACUCUUAUGGUUGGAUCUAAUGGUAUGCUUGAUGAUUGGGAGGAGAAUCUGGCUGUAAUAACUGCAAACAGAACAAAAGAUGAUGAACUUGUAAUUAUUCAUCUUGGUGAUUGCCUGUGGAGGGAAAGAAGUGAGAUUACGGCUGCACACAUUUGCUAUUUAGUUGCUGAAGCCAACUUCGAGUCAUACUCAGACAGUGCAAGAUUGUGUUUAGUUGGAGCAGAUCACUGGAAAUUUCCCCGAACUUAUGCUAGUCCAGAGGCUAUCCAGAGGACUGAGUUAUAUGAAUACUCCAGGGUGCUUGGAAACUCUCAGUUUAUUUUACUUCCAUUUCAACCAUAUAAGCUCAUAUAUGGAUAUAUGCUAGCUGAAGUGGGAAAAGUUUCGGACUCAUUAAAAUAUUGCCAUGCGGUAUUGAAAUCCCUAAAAUUUAGCCGUGCACCAGAAGUAGAGAAUUGGAAACAAUUGGUGUUAUCUCUUGAGGAGAGGCUUAGAACGCACCAGCAAGGUGGAUAUGCUGCAAGUUUGGCUCCUUCAAAAUUAGUGGACAAAUUACUGAACUUUUUUGAUAGUACUGCUCAUAAAGUUGUUGGCGGUCCACCACCAAUUGCUCCAUCAUCAUCACAUGGAAGUGUUCAUGGAAGUGAACAUCACCAGCAUAUAGCACCAAGAGUAUUCAAUAGUCAAUCAACAAUGGCCAUGUCUUCUUUAGUUCCCUCAUCUUCAAUUGAACCAAUAAGUGAGUGGACAGCUGAUGGUAAUAGAAUGACUAAGCCUAAUAGAAGCGUUUCAGAACCAGACUUUGGUAGGAGACCUGGACAGGAAGCAGCCUCACCUGAUACAGGCAAAGCAUCGGUUUCAGGGGGUACAUCUCGCUUUUCCCGUUUUAGUUUUGGCUCACAGCUGUUGCAGAAGACAGUGGGGCUCCUGAGGCCACACUCUGGUCGGCAGGCUAAACUGGGUGAGGAGAACAAAUUUUAUUAUGAUGAAAAGCUGAAGAGAUGGGUGGAGGAAGGUGCUGAACCUCCAGCCGAAGAAGCUGCGCUGCCACCACCUCCAACAUCUGCUGCUUUCCAGAGUGCUAAACCUGAAUAUGACCUAAAAUCUGCAUUGAAAACAGAAGGAUCGCCCUCAAAUGAGGGCCCUGAUUUAAGAACUUCCACUCCUGGACAUGCUCCAGGGAUCCCACCUAUGCCACCUACCUCAAAUCAUUUCUCUGGCCGUGGACGCAUGGGUGUUCGUUCAAGGUAUGUUGAUACCUUCAAUCAAGGAGGUGGAACCUCUGCAAAGCUGUUCCAGUCUCCUGCUCUAUCUGUCAAGCGCGCUCUUCCUACCAACGCAAAAUUUUUUAUCCCUGCGCCUGCACCUGAACCUUCAUCAUAUGAGCAGACAAUGGAGUCAACAGUAGAAAGCAAUCAAGAGGACAGUACAGCUAAUGCUGAUCCGUUACAACCCCCCAAUACUACAUCAUCCAUGGGCAUGCAGAGGUUUCCUAGCAUGGGCAACAUCCCAAACAACGGAGCAACGCCAAAUGGUGUUGAUUCACGUCGAACAACCUCAUGGGGUGGUGGAAAUUUUGCUGAUUCAUUGAGGCCUCCGAAGAUUGGUGAAAUUAAGCCUCUUGGGGAAGCUUUGGGCAGGAUACCAUCAAGUUUUGUGCCAGAUGAGCCUUCAAUGCGUCACAAUGGGAGCUUUGGUGAAGAUCUCCACGAGGUUCAACUUUGAACAGAUAAUGCAGCUGUAAAUAUCAAAUUUUGUUAUAAUCAACAGAAUAGUUGGGAGACUGCUUCUGCAUACAAGAAUUGUGGGGUACACCAAGUGGAGCUCGUGAAGAAGCAAGACGUGUAUUUUUCUGCCGUCCAACCUCCCCAUUUUCUUCAUUUUUUUUUUUAUAUAUUUUGUAAAAUUUUUUGGGUUCCCAACUCCCUAAGUGGUGAUGUAUGAUUGAUUAUGGUUGGCUCACUUGAUGUUAGAUGUUUAUUUUACAUGCCAAGGGAGUUGGGCCACCAUCUCACACACAAGGAACUAGUGUUCUACAGAGAGGGGGGGAUAGAGGGUCAGAGUUAACAAGACAAUCUUGUACAUAAUUCAGAAAGAAUAAGGAUCAAUUACUUUCAACUUUUA